GUCAGCCAGAAAAAGCGGCGAGCCCUCUAAUUUAAUCGUUUUUUUUAGUCCCAAAAACUAAAGGUGUUGGACCCGCAGCGCAACCGACGAACCCGAAACCGGCGAGGCGCAGCUCCCAUCGAGCGAAUCCCAUGCGAGUGAACGAGUGGGCAGGAACCGCAUCCGCACCGAAUAAGUGAUCAAUUGUGUAGGCCAUUAUUUGUAUUUGGAUUUGGGGCCAUGAAAAGUGUGCUGAUGGUGGCCGAGAAGCCCUCGCUGGCGGCAUCGCUGGCGGGGAUUCUCUCCAACGGCCGGUGCACGGCCAAAAGGGGCACCGGCAACGGCUGCUCCACGCACGAGUGGACGGGCAACUUCCGGAACGAGGGCAGUGUCCACUUCCGCAUGACCUCCGUUUGCGGGCAUGUGAUGUCGCUGGACUUCAUCAGCAAGUACAACUCGUGGGACAAAGUGGAUCCCGUGGAGCUCUUCGGCUGUCCCACCGAGAAGAAGGAAACGAAUCCCAAGCAGCACAUGCGCACCUUUCUGGCGCACGAGGCACGCGGCUGCGACUAUCUGGUCCUGUGGCUGGAUUGCGACAAGGAGGGCGAGAACAUCUGCUUCGAGGUGAUGGACGCCGUGCAGCAUGUCAUCCACAAUGUGUACAGCAAGCAGGUCACCUACCGUGCCCACUUCUCGGCCAUCACGGACAAGGACAUCAAGGGCGCAAUGGAGACGCUGGGGCAUCCCAACGAGAACGAGGCCAAGUCGGUGGACGCCCGCCAGGAGCUGGAUCUGCGCAUUGGCUGCGCCUUCACGCGCUUCCAAACGAAGUUCUUCCACGAUCGCUACGGCGACCUGGACUCCUCGCUCAUCUCCUACGGUCCCUGCCAGACGCCUACGCUUGGUUUCUGCGUGAAACGGCACGACGACAUCCAGACCUUCAAGCCGGAGAGCUUCUGGUACCUGCAGCUGCUCGCCGGCCAGCCGGAAUUCACGCUGGAGUGGGCACGCGGCCGGGUGUUCAAGAAGGACAUCGCCAUCAUGCUGCUGAACCGCACCAAGGAGCACAAGGAGGCCACCGUGGAGAGCGUGGGCAGCAAGGAGGCUUUCAAGAGCAAACCGCAAGCGCUGAACACCGUCGAGCUGAUGCGGAUCUGCAGCUCCGGCCUGGGCAUCGGCCCGUUCCAAGCGAUGCAGAUUGCGGAGCGCCUGUACACGCAGGGCUACAUCAGCUAUCCGCGCACGGAGACCAAUCAGUAUCCGACCAACUUCGAUCUGCCGGCGGUGCUGCAUGUGCUGAAGCCAUCGGGAGAUUUCGGCGAGGAGGCGCGCACCAUUCUGGGCGACAUGCAGACGCCGCGGAAGGGCAAGGAUGCGGGCGACCAUCCACCGAUCACGCCCAUGAAGUUGGGCAACCGCAGUGACUUCGAUCGCGACACCUGGCGCGUCUACGAGUUCAUCUGCCGGCACUUUAUGGGCACGGUGUCGCGGGAUCUGAAGUAUCGCGUGACGACGGCCAAGCUGCGCGUCGGCCUGGAGACCUUCAGCUGCACGGCCAAUGUGCUGCUGGACGCCGGCUUCACCAAGGUGAUGACCUGGCAGGCCUUCGGCAGGGACGAGCCGAUGCCGCCGUUCGUCCAGGGCACCCAGGUGGCCAUCAACGAUGUGCGACUGGCCGAGAGCCAAACGGGGCCGCCCGACUACCUCACCGAAUCGGAGCUGAUCACGCUGAUGGAGCAGCAUGGCAUUGGCACGGACGCCUCCAUACCGGUGCACAUCAACAACAUCUGCCAGCGCAACUAUGUGCACAUCGAGAACGGACGCAAGCUGAUACCCACGACGCUGGGCAUUGUGCUGGUGCAUGGCUAUCAGAAGAUCGAUCCGGAGCUGGUGCUGCCCACCAUGCGAACGGAGGUGGAGCGCAUGCUGACACUGAUUGCCCAGGGCUCGGCCGAUUUCCAGGAUGUGCUGCGCCACGCCAUUCAGAUCUUUAAGCUGAAGUUCAUGUACUUUGUGAAGAACAUCGCCAACAUGGACUCCCUGUUCGAGGUGUCCUUCUCGCCGCUGGCCGAAUCGGGCAAGGCGCACUCGCGCUGCGGCAAAUGCAGGCGGUACAUGAAGUACAUACAGACGAAGCCGGCGAGGUUGCACUGCUCGCACUGCGACGAGACAUACGCCCUGCCCAUCGGCAAUGUGAAGGUGUAUCGCGAGUUCAAGUGCCCGCUGGACGACUUCGAUCUGCUGGCCUUCUCCACCGGCGUCAAGGGGCGUUCGUAUCCGUUCUGCCCGUACUGCUACAACCAUCCGCCGUUCAGCGACAUGCCCAAUUUGGGGGGCUGCAACACAUGCACGCACGCCACCUGCCCGCACUCGCUGAACACGCUGGGCAUCUCCGGCUGCGUGGAGUGCCCCACCGGCGUCCUGGUGCUCGACUGCACGCUGGCGCCCUCCUGGAAGCUGGGCUGCAACCGCUGCGACGUAAUAAUCAACUGUUUUAAGGGCGCCACCAAGAUCACAGUGGAAGAGGCCAAGUGCCAGGAGUGCGGCGCCCAGCAGGUGAACGUGGUCUACAAGUCCGACAAGAGCAAGUUCAAGGACGGCAGCGAGGAGAAGAGCGGCUGCAUCUUCUGCUCCACGGACUUCUCCCACCUGGUCGAGAAGCAUCGGGCAGUGGCCUCGCGACCCGUUCGCAGUGGCGGUGGAUCCCGGGGUGGCAAAGUGGGGCGUGGCGGCGGUGGAGUCGGUGGACCUGGUGCCGCUGGAGGUGCAGCUGCGGCCGGCGGCGGUCCUGGUCCUGGGGGCGGGGGGCGUGGCGGACGCGGCGGUCGACAGCCCAAGGACAAAAUGGCUCAGCUGGCGGCGUAUUUCGUUUGAGGACUCUGGAUUGCAUUUAUAAGAAGAACAAGUCGAAUAAAAACGAAAUUUGUAUAAAGAAUGUGGA